UCAACCUCCAUGCCCUCUCUCCCUCUAAAAAUAAUCGUAAUCCUGAUCCAUACCCACACCAGAUUUGCCAUAUCUUUCCUAAUUCAGUAGCAGCGUAUGUGUAAAGAUUUCUUCCAUCGUUUUCAAAGUUUUUGUUGAUUUCAAUUUCAAGAAUUUAUAGGGCAUGGCAGCUGUGGAAACGCUACGACCGAUAAUUCAUGGUCAAAUCCAUGCAAACUAUUCCAAUUACCAUCCUAAAUAUUCAUACAGGUACACUUCUUUCCGCGAUAGAUUUCGUGUUCUACAUGAGAAUUCGAAUCUUUUGGUUAUCAAAUCGUCGUUAUCGGUUCGCCCACUCACCAAUUUGUACAGAGAAUCUAGGGUUUCCAACUCGUUAAAUUCUUGGGGAGGAGGGUUAGGGUUUCUCAAGGUGAACCAAAGUUGUAGAGGCAGGAAUAAAGUGGGUGUAAAUAAUAGUUCAUGCGAACAUGAUACAGAAUCCUCGGGGGAGAAGAGUGAGAGUGAGAGCAAUAAAGUGAGUAAGAAGAGAGACAAGGGGGAGAAGAAGGGGAAGGGAGGUUGGGGGUGGGGAAAAGGCGGUGGGAAAUGGAGGUGGCAACCCAUAAUUCAGGCCCAAGAGAUUGGUGUUUUGUUGUUGCAAUUAGGGAUAGUUAUGUUUGUCAUGAGGUUGCUUAGGCCAGGCCUUCCAUUGCCGGGGUCGGAACCUAGGGUUCCGACCAUGUUCGUGAGCGUGCCUUACAGUGAUUUCUUGAAUAAAGUGGGCACUAAUCAGGUGCAAAAGGUGGAGGUUGAUGGGGUUCAUAUAAUGUUUAAGCUGAAGCAAGAGCAGGGUACUCCAGAAAGUGAAAUUAAUAGUGGUAGUAGUAGUACUAUAAGUAAAAUGCAGGAUUCGGAGUUGUUAUUGAGGACUGUGGCACCUACAAAGAGGAUUGUUUACACAACGACCCGGCCUAAUGAUAUUAAGACUCCUUAUGAGAAAAUGCUUGAAAACGACGUGGAAUUUGGAUCUCCUGAUAAGAGGUCUGGUGGGUUCUUGAACUCUGCGUUGAUAGCAUUGUUUUAUGUUGCUGUGUUAGCAGGGCUACUUCACCGUUUCCCUGUAAACUUUUCUCAGCAUACUGCUGGUCAGCUUAGAAACCGCAAGUCCGGUGGUUCAGGUGGGUCAAAAGUUUCUGAACAAGGGGAAGCCAUCACAUUUUCUGAUGUUGCUGGUGUUGAUGAGGCGAAGGAGGAGCUUGAGGAAAUUGUAGAAUUUCUCAGAAACCCGGAAAGAUAUAUAAGGCUUGGUGCUCGUCCUCCACGCGGUGUUCUCCUGGUUGGUCUUCCUGGGACAGGUAAGACGCUUUUGGCAAAGGCUGUAGCUGGGGAAGCUGAAGUACCGUUCAUUAGUUGUUCUGCAAGUGAGUUUGUAGAACUUUACGUAGGCAUGGGAGCAUCACGAGUACGAGAUCUCUUUGCAAGGGCAAAGAAGGAGGCACCAUCAAUCAUAUUUAUAGACGAGAUUGAUGCUGUGGCCAAGAGCCGUGAUGGUAAAUUCCGCAUUGUCAGCAAUGAUGAGCGAGAACAGACUUUGAACCAGCUGCUCACUGAGAUGGAUGGUUUCGACAGUAAUUCUGCUGUAAUCGUUCUUGGAGCAACCAACCGUGCUGAUGUUUUAGAUCCGGCCCUUCGACGACCUGGGAGAUUUGAUCGUGUGGUUAUGGUAGAAACACCUGAUAGGGUUGGCAGAAAUGCUAUUUUGAACGUGCAUGUUUCUAAGAAAGAGCUCCCUUUGGGAGAGGAUGUUGAUCUUGCUAACAUCGCUUCCAUGACCACUGGUUUCACUGGGGCAGACCUUGCAAAUUUGGUAAAUGAAGCAGCUUUGUUGGCAGGAAGACAAAAUAAAGUAGUGGUGGAGAAAAUGGACUUCAUCCAAGCAGUAGAGCGUUCAAUUGCUGGGAUUGAAAAGAAAACGGCAAAGUUGCAAGGUACAGAGAAAGCAGUGGUUGCUCGUCAUGAAGCUGGUCAUGCAGUAGUUGGCACCGCUGUUUCCAAACUUCUUUCAGGACAACCGAGGGUCGAGAAGCUAAGCAUACUGCCAAGGUCAGGAGGAGCAUUGGGAUUUACUUACACUCCUCCAACCACCGAGGAUAGAUAUUUGCUUUUCGUGGAUGAACUAAGAGGACGUUUGGUUACCCUUCUUGGAGGACGUGCCGCCGAAGAAAUUAUUUACUCGGGUCGUGUGUCAACAGGUGCACUUGAUGACAUACGUCGAGCUACAGACAUGGCAUAUAAGGCUAUUGCUGAAUAUGGUCUCAAUCGCACCAUAGGCCCAAUCUCAUUGGCAACACUUUCUAAUGGUGGCAUGGAUGAUUCUGGAGGAUCUAUGGGUUUCGGAAGGGAUCAGGGGCAUCUAGUGGAUCUUGUUCAAAGAGAAGUUAAGUUGAUGCUUCAAUCGGCACUAGACGUGGCACUUUCCGUCAUGCGUGCUAAUCCCACUGUUUUGGAGGGGCUUGGUGCUUAUCUUGAAGAAAAGGAGAAAGUGGAAGGAGAAGAGUUGCAAGAAUGGUUGAAGUUGGUGGUUGCACCGGAGGAACUUGCUGAUUUUGUUAGAGGCACAACGGCGGAGACGUUUCUGCCAUUACAGUCGGCGUCACCUGAACUAAAGCAACUACUGUAACACACAGUGACCAUCCUCCAUCUGCAAUGCAACUUUGUAUAUUACAACACCCAGUUAAUUAAUUAGAUCUAUAUAUAUAUAUAUAUAUAUAUACAUAUAUAUGUAUGUAUGUUGAGUAGUAGUUGCAGAAAUUGGGGUUGGAACUAUAUAUAUAAAUUUCUUUUGAUUCCAUUUUUAGCCAAUCCCAACUAGUUUGGGAUAAAAAGAAAGGCUGUUGUUUUAUGUAUACAACACAGCAUUUGUAAUUUUCUGCUACUUUUAACAUUAAAAUCUAAAGCUUUCACUUCA